AAACACCAAGACUAGCGUUCCUGGAUCGAAGAAAGGCCCCCGGGCCGUGAUUUGGGACCCGAAAAGUGGUGAAUCCGUCCGUUAAAUCGAAACAUGGUUCCCACCUACGGAAACAUAGGCUUCAUUGGCCUCGGCAUGAUGGGCGUGCCCAUGGUAGAGAAUUUGAUCAAGAAGACGGAUGGCACCACAAGCAUCUACGUUUUUGACGUUGUGGAGGAUCCGGCGAAGCAGUUGUGCAGCAAGCAUCCAGAACGCGUAAGGAAGGGAGAAAAUCCGAGACACGUGGCCGAGAAAUCUAACGUCAUAAUUUCCAUGGUUCCGGAAGGCGAGCAUGUUCGCUCGGUGUACUUGACUCCCGGCACGGGUGUGCUCGCAGCCGACGUCAACGGGAAGACACUAAUAGACUGCUCAACAAUCGACACGGCGACCUCGCUUGCGGUUCGCGAGGAGGCGCUCGGUCGGUAUCCAAGCACGUACUUCGUCGACGCCCCGGUCUCGGGAGGGGUCCUUGGUGCGCAGAAGGCCACACUGACGUUCAUGAUCGGCGCUUCCGAUGACGACCCUAGGCUCCCGAUGCUGAAGGAUGUGAUGGGCAAGAUGGGUCGCAACCUCGUUGCGUGCGGCGGGCCAUCGCUCGGUUUGACGGCAAAGUUAUGCAACAACUACUGCUCUGGACUGAUCGCCAUUGCAGUCUCGGAAGCCAUGAAUAUCGGCAUGAAAUCUGGCAUGGACCCUAGGGUUCUUGCGUCUGUCUUUCAUUCGAGUACAGCGCAAAGCUCGAUCUGCGACGACUGGUGUCCGGUGCCAGGUCUGUGUCCCGAGGCUCCGGCCAGCAACGGCUACCGAGGAGGCUUCAAAGUGCAGCUGAUGAGGAAGGACUUUGGCUUGGCUGUAGACACGGCGAAGAGAGUUGGAGCACGACUCGCCCUGGGCGACAAGGGAUUGGAAGUGUACACGGAGACCAUGAAUGAUCCAAGAUGCAAAGACCUGGACUCGAGAGUUGUGUAUCGAUACUUGGGCGGUGACGAAGAAUGGGAGCAGAAGUUGAGAAGGUAGUUGCCAGGUGAUCAUGAAACGACUGACGCCCUUAUGUGUUCUGUACUUGCAUGACCGUCUCCAGAAAGAACUAC